AUGGCAUGCAUCGACGUACUCAAUGCUCCAACGAAGCCCUGUCACAACUGCCGCCGCCGCCGCCUCCGCUGUGAUCGCUCAUAUCCUCACUGUCACAAGUGCACUGCGGCCGGUCAGGAGUGUCUGGGUUACGGCAAGCUCUUCCGCUGGACAGAGGGCGUCGCCAGCCGUGGCAAGCUAGCGGGAAAGACAUCCAUCACCUUCUCAUCUUCGGCCCCGGAACCUCUGCCAUCCCGCAUCUCUACCCUAGAGCCCGCCGCCGCCGCCCCGGAAACUCGGACCCAGGACACUCCGGCAUCCUCUUCCGAAGACAACGCCCUCGUAGUUUCCGCCCUCCGCUCCGGGACCCAGUCCGCCCCAUGGACCCUCGUCGAUCCUCUCUUUCAGGGUGUGGAGCAUCACUACCGCCACUACCUCUCUUACUUCACAACACGCGUCUGCAGGGAUCUCGUCUCUUGGGACGUGCCCGACCGUAACCCCUUCCGCUCCCUUGUCCCGCUGACCAGAGCCCACCCCCUACUGCAGCACAUCCUCGUCGCUGCCUCCGCAGCCCACAUGUCUAACCUGUCCCGCGCCGUCUCCUCCGACCCGGUGGCCGACCUCAACGCCCGUCAGGCUCUCACCGACGCCUUGGUUGCCAAGCACAAGGCCCUCCGCCUGCUCUCCGCUGCCAUCCAGAACAUCGGCAGCAGCGGCGGUGUCGGCGGCGACGUCGUGCUUGCCGCUGUGCUCUUUUUCGUCAACGUAGAACUAAUCGAGAGCGGUAAGCACGGCUGGAAGCCACAUCUCGAGGGUGCCGGGCGGAUCAUGGCAUUCCUACCUCCCUUGGGCUCGUCAGACGAGGCAUUAAGGAACUAUGUCAUGUCUGAUUGCUUCAUCUAUUACAUCUUGGCCUCGGCUUUCAAUACAUCACCGCCAACGGCCGCCAAGUCGUACUAUCAAACCGUGCAGGCGUCUUCCAUUUUGGGCAGGGCAGCUGCGAACAGUUACUUGUGCUGUCCGCCUGACAUUCUGCAGAUCUUACUCACCGCAUCACAAUUGUCGAGCAACGGCACACAUGAUACUUACUCUGAAGCCUCCGUAGCCCAGACUGGGGCGCAGCUCUUGGAGCAAGCCUUGGCAUUUGAUGUUGAGAAUUGGGCAUAUGAGCAACGUAACAUUUCCUAUUUUAAGCAAAUCCCUGUCGAAAGCCGCAUUCACGCCGGCUCGGCACAUCGUCUCGCUGCAUCCUUGUACAUCCUACACGCUAUCCCCGACGUUUCCAAUUUCGUAUCCGUCAGCCGCGAGGAGCUAGAUACGCAGUUGUAUCACCAACUCUCAUCUAUAUCCGACGAAGAUCCUAAUUUCAAGGCCACUUGUUGGCCAUCAUUCAUAGCCGGCGCGGGUACAUCCGAUCCCGAAAGACGGGCCUGGAUUCUAGACCGUAUGAAGAGACUCAUGAUUGCGACGCCGUGGGGCUUCAUUACGACUGCUAUGGAUACGCUGCAGACUAUUUGGAAUCUAGAAGAGUCGUUUGAUCCGGAGACGCAGAGGGAGCGAAGUUGGGUGCAGAAACUCAAGUCAUCCGACCUCAACUUCCUCAUUGUGUGA